CAGACACUUUGGAAAGACUUACUUUUUUCGUUUAUAUUCGCCGGUACACCAGUUCACCAGGCACGAGCCGGUACACCAGUUCACCAGGCACGAGCCGGUACACCAGUUCACCAGGCACGAGCCGGUACACCAGUUCACCAGGCACGAGCCGGUAUACCAGUUCACCAGGCACGAGCCGGUACACCAGUUCACCAGGCACGAGAGUUUUAUGCUCCUCUUGCACAAAAGUUUGAAUCUGCUUGUGCGGAGGCAAUUAAUAUUUAAUAUUUUCACUAUAUUACUAUAAAUUAAACAUAUUGUAUCUAUGUUUUUUAACUAUUUUAGGCGUAUAGCAAUAAAUUGUAAUGAAAAUGAGAAAUAAAAUUUGGUUUAUGCUCACCAUGGCAGUUAUAUAUAAAACGAAAAUAUUAAAUGCAAAUCAACAAAAUUCCUUUCUAUUUUGUUGGAAGUAAAGAAGUAGACAAAUCGUAGCCUCCUCCGCAGGCAUCGCCUUUAGAUUAUCGGGAAAAAUUGUACUAAAUCAUAAUUUUUGUAAUGUCCAAAUUUUCGUGUCAUUUUCGUGAGAGAUUAUAUAUAUAUAUAUUAUGCGGCCGUACGUCCGAUAACCUCUGCAGGCGUAUUACCCGUUACCAAGAACGCACCGAUUAAUUAAUUAAUUUUAUUUUAUUUCCUAUUUAGUAUUAAAUACAAAUUGUACUUAUCCGCUGAUUGAAUUUAAGAAUGGAUCGUGUCAGCCACCUUGUGAUUGGUCGUUUAUGACCUCAUCAGAGAUGAAGAUUUACGACUACAUCAUGUCCAAUUGCUUGAGAAUUGCCAUGAUCAGUACGGUUAUAACAUCUCUGACAUGGUUGGCUUAUAAACCUCU